AUGGCCGGCCACAUCAUAUGUUGCCCAGAUAUACAGCUCUCAUAUGCUAAGAAUCCCAACAUCGCUGAGCUCGAUCACUUUGUACUCUGGGCACGAAAAACCACUCAAUCUCUGGAAUUUCCAAGAACGCGCAGGAAUAUCUUACCAAAGGGUGUAUUCGAGGCCAAACAUUACUUCCAGAUCACACACCGUCCCAGCCUCGACGCUCAUGUCCCUUCUACCCGGACCUUUAUACCGAGGUCUAAUGAUAACACGCCAUACCAGGAGGUUCUGUCAACUGUGUAUAUUGAGAAGGGGUAUAGGGGGACUGGUUUAAGCUCUCGAUGCGGCAAACACAACAAGUACAUCGAACUCUCUCUGUACGAAAGACACCUUCCUCCAACCAUUCAAAAAUACCUCACCCCUCAAAGUCAGGCAGAAAUUCGUCGUGGUGCUGUUACUCAGGAGAGACCUACUUCGCCCUUGAGGAAGGGGGAUUACUGCCCUCUUUCCGCCAUUGAAGACAACAAAAACAACCUCGAGCCCUUGAAUACGUCCACCCUGCCCCCUUAUAGAAAAGAACCCAGUCCGCCUUCACUUGCCGAGAAGAAGGACAGGCAUCGGAGGCAGCGGAACGACUCUCUGCCACCCAAACAGACGAAUACGUUAUUGAUUUCCCCUGUGAAACCGCCAUUCCAUGAGAUACCGUCCUUUAGAAGAUGCUCCAGGGAGGGUUUUGAAGCAAUAUCCAAGCCAUCUUCUUCCACUGAGAAGCAAGUCGACAAUCCAAGGCCUUUGGAAAUACCCACUUGGCGCUCUCCGGCAGAAGAGAACAAACCUUCUUUUUUUGCCCAAAAGAAGCAUAAUCAUCGGGAACAGUCGAAAGCUUCUACUUCACCCAGCCGUGAAAGGAAAGCCGCUCCCUUCUCUACUGUUGCUGAAAAGACAGAAGAUCUUACAUGGCGUGCGAAACCAACUGCUUCACAGCCCAGUGGUAAGAGACCUAGCCCAUCUUCCAUCGUCCCCGAAAAGGAAUGUGUAUGUCCGGCCAGGUCGGAAAUAGCCGCAAUACGUCCAGGUAUUAUUGAGGAUGCAAUCAAACGGUUGAAGAUUGCCAAGGCGCAACCUGCACAUUCCUCGUUAGUUGCCGAUGCUGUAGUGGUUAGGGCUGUAGUCGCCGGAGUUGCUAGUUCUGAUGAUAUUUUCUACAUGCCACCACCAGAGCAGCCCGAGCCUCCUACUGAAUCUGAGAACGAAGACGUGUGCAAGUUGGAAGCGGAGGAUUUUGGAUAUUGUUACCCCGGACGAGUCUUUCAUAAUUACACUCAGUACGAUGAUGAUGAAUGGGUGAAUGUGACCGCAUAUAAGGAUUGGGAGGUUCGGGAAAACUACGCUUGGGAAAUCUGA